CACCCCAUUAUAUUAUACAUGUAUCUGUAGUUAAUGCUCAACAACUGGAUUCUGUAGCUCAGUUGGUUAGAGCACUGCACUGGAAUCGCAGGUUCGAUUCCUGCCAGAGGGCCUAUAGUUGCAUUUUUCGCAACUGCUUCUAGUUAGGUCUAAAAAUAGGUACGCUGAGCGUACAUGCGCCCGCUAUCAGUACGGUUCAGCAGAUCUAGCGUGAGUGUAUAGGUCAAGAUAGACUAUAGAUUCAAAUACAUUCAUUUCUUGCUCUCUAUUGACAUCUAAUAGCUCUGAAGGUCGUAAAUCGUUUUUAUACCAUUUUUCCCAGCUAAAUCUAGUUUUGUUACAACAGACAGUAUCGUUAAUCGAGUUUUCAGUUCAUAAAAUCAUAACAUAAUUUUUUCAUCGAAGUCAAAAUACGAAAUUUUGGCACACUCCUUGCUAAGAUGAGCUGGUGGACGUCAGUUCCAGUCUCUUUCAAUUGUUUUUGUUUCGCGGUUAUAUAUUACGACACCAAGCUAGCUGGCUUCACUUUGUGGACUCCAGUUCUAGCUCGAGAUACCUAAAUUGUCAUGUGACGACCAACAUACAGUUUUCAGAAAUAAUAGUACCUGAGCAAAAUGUAAGCACACGGAUAGCAAGAGUACGUGUACAUCCUGUUUUCAGCCACCUUCAGUACGUGAGUAGGCGGAUUUAUAACACCCUGCUAUACCUUUAAACUGUAAAUACGACUAAUAUAUUAUAGUAUAUGUAGUAAUUUAUAUAAUUUUGGACACAUUUUGUGGUAAUUAAAUAUAUCGUACACGAAAAUGAAUAUAUAAUUUAUUUUUGGUUUGCACCUGACGUCAUGGCGGCCAUGUUUGACGACGCUGACAAAAGAAGAUCAUUUAUAUAAUUAGCAACUAGCAACUAUUGUAUUUAUAGCGUGCUCUUCUCCGCCAGGGCCUUCUCCUAUAAAUAGCGAUUUGAAAUUCCGAGAAGUGUGCUAAAAUACGAAGCGCUAGCUGAGCUUUUUAGGCUUUUAGUACCCUGCUUUAGGUACGUGUUUUAAAUCUCUCAAGUCUACCAAUUUUUGUGUAUCACUUGUAACUUCCCAAAUGAAGAAGUGUUUGAACAGAAACUCGACACGAAAACUGUGAUAUCAAAUAUCAAGGCAAUGCUUUCGUUUGUGUUUUGCUCAUGAAUUACGUUUAUGAACAAUGCAUAUGAAUACUGCUUUACUAUUGGUCGGUUUCAUUUCAUUAUGACGUCACAGUUCAUUCACUGAAAAAUGUCAAAAAUGGCGGAAAUUUUGAGUUUUCAAAAACCUCUUGUUUUUUGUGUGAAAUUUAGCGCAUUGCGGGCACAAUAAAAUGUGAGUUGACUAAAAACUGCAACUUAUGGCCCGGAAAAAAUCUUCUGCCAAAGGAAACUCUGGUUCGGCGGGGAAAACACCAGAAAAGCCGGGAAAAGAGUUGGAAAACAAUGAAAACUCAGAUCAUCGUCGAUCAAGAAGGUUAGCUGUUUUUUAAUAUGCAAAAUAAUAUACUGCAUAUUUAUGUACGCUUAUUUUAUGAAACUCGAUUAAAUAUGCCGUGUUUUAACCUGAAGAAAACAAAAUAUUACUAAAUUAAUGUAAUCCAAUGAAUUAUGCUAUUGAAAUAAACGUCUAUGUCAACAUUUAAAUUGCAUAUCAAACGAGAAAGUUAAAGAAUUUUCCCGUUGUUUUUGCAAGUCCCAGAGGAAAAUGUUUUGUUUUUUCACGUUUGGUAAAUUGAUGUUUAUAUGCAUAUAUUAAACUUGCAUGCUCUAGCCAGAAUUAUCAGUAAUUCUUAACUUUUCUGCGUAUAAAAUAAUACUAGUGGAGAAAAGCCAGACUAAACUAUAAACUUUUCCUUCGAGGUUUGCGAAAACAAAACAGAAAUACUUUAGUUUUGAAUAUAUUUACUAUUCAUCUGCCUUAACUUUGUUUUGUUUUGUUUUUUAUAUAAAAUUUACAAUGCUUAUUUCACUUCACUCGAUUUUAUGUUACGGAACAAAACGCUUUUAAGAAAUAAAUCGCUUGCCCUUUGUUAUGGCAAAUCCCACAGGAAAAUCAUUUGUUUUUCAUUGAAUAAUCAUACAUUUUUUCCCAUACAAUCAACAAGGCUGUCUGCAAAGUCAGACGAUCAAGAACUCGCAAACAGACAGAAUUCGACAAAUGUAAAUGACUCUACAGUUCAACAAUCAAACCAAACGGGUACUUCUAAAGGCAUGGCAAGAUCUUAUGGCAGAUAUGAAAAGUUGAAAGACACCCCGGACAAUUUGUACGGUAUGGCUGUUUGUAUUUUGUUUGUAUGCAAACUCUCGCUUCUCAACUCUCCUUAACUCUCAAAGUCAUGCAACUCUUGUUCUUGUUUGACCAGGCCAUCAUAAGAGUUUAGAAAACUCUCGGCUCAUGCAUGCCAACUCUCGCUUCUCAAUUCUCAUCAAUUCUCGUCCUCAUUUACCAGAACUAUACUCGGCGGAUAAGUCAUGACAACUCACAAUUUCCAAACGAACGUUAAUUUAGCCUUCCAAUAGUUGAGUUGUUUUACAAUUUUUUACCGAAUCAUCACAGUUUAACCAUGGAUUGUUUUAUUAUCCAUGGUUUGACAAACGGAUCAUUGCGCUCAUUAUGUUCAAUAGCGCUGUGACAUCACGACUGGGUUAUUGAAAUUUUAAUUAAUUCUGUGAUUCUUUAUUAGGUCUUGAUGGAAAAUUAAUAUCUUCGGGUAACGUCUUUUUGUUUUUCAAAUAUACUUAAUGAUUAAAUUUAUUAUAGAUAAGAUAAUGCAGUAUAUAUGAGCUGAUUAAAGACUUGCUAAAGGGUUUUUGCCAUGGCCGGAUUUUGAAGGCAGGUGUGGGGAGGUGCGCACCUCCCCUGAGGUCGUUUGGCACCACCCCUGAAAUUUUUUGCACCUCCCCAGAAAAGUCCUGCACCUCCCCUUGGAACAGUUUCAAUGAUAGAUCGAAGUGAAAAUUUGAUAUCUUUUGUUUGCUUAUGAGGGUCUACACUUCGUAACGUUUUUCUGUAAAAUUAAAACAGUGGUAGCCAUGCAUUCAUCUCUGUAUCACUACUGUUUCGAAAGAAACUUUGCAGUAAUUGUAAUGAAGGGCACAAUUGGAUGAGUUGUACAGUCAUAAUACACUGAUACAUAUAUGUACACUACAUGCAUACGUCAUUGACUUUGGUCCGUUCUAAGCCCUAACUUUCCAUGGGGGUCGUGAGCUAGACCGCUUAUAAUUUUUUUUCCACCUCCCCCACUAUUUCCACCUAAAUCCGGCCUUGGUUUUGCGUAGACAAAAAUUUCGAGCUGAACAAAAAUUAUAUACAUUUUAGUUCUGUCCGGGAGCAGCUGGUUAGAGGACUCCAUGCUGGAGGGAUUAUGGUUGCAGUUUUCGCCGCCUGCUCCAGCUAAAGUCCAAAAAUGUCUAUAAUUUUCGCUCAGAAUUUUCCAGUGUACAAAAACCUUUCAAAAUUCUAUUGAGCAAGGUACUGAUUAAGAAUUGGUUUCUUUCAGACGAAGACACCGACGUUGACGUAGGAGAUUCGUUCAAUGAAAAAAGCAACCAAAAUUAUGUAAGCGUGCCAGUGCAUUUUUUAAGGAUUCUUCAGUGGUGGGGCAAAACUGCCAAAAGACGCACUUUCUUUGCCCUCUCCCCAGGAUAGCAUGCGAUCUCCGGAGGUGUAAGCCGAGUACCGCAGGCACGAGUUAACUAGGGGAUUUGGGGGCAUCCCCCCCAGGAAAUUUUUAAAAUUUGGGUCUCUGAAAUAGAAUUUCCUGCAUUCUGAGUCUACAUUUUUAAAAAGUCUCAGCUUCUCAAAACAAAGUUUUAAUGGCGAAAUUUGUAAUAAAUUGCAUGCUAAACAUUCAAACACAACAUAAGUUUAAGUAUGCUCGCCAACAAAAUUGUUUUUAAACUUCUUUUCAAUGUUAAACUCAGUUACUCAAUACAGGUCCUAGUGUUCUGGCUUUGGGGCAAUAGGCUAUAUUUUUUUCUGUGGUAGGGCAGAGGAAGGGGCCCAGUGGGGCAAAUUCCCCACCAGUCCAUGGUAUUAACAAAUACCUUGAAGCGUGCAAAUAAAAGGAAUUUAUUAAUAAAAGGGAUAUAAAUCCUAGUUGCCUUGUAGUGCCAGAUGGCAUGCAAACAAGUGCAACAUAUUGUAAAGCACUCGCUUCUCUUGUUUUACAGUUAUGGCAUCAUAGGGCCCCCUGGAAAAUUUCCCCACAGCCAUGUUGCAGUAACAUUGCGCUCUUUUGUUUGUUUUAAUGUAGUUUAUCAGAAAAAUCAGAAGUUGCAUACAGGAUUAUUGCUGUAUUAGAACUGCCUGUGGUGGAUUUCUUAUAUUGUUGCUUACUGGAGUUUUAACAGCAAUUCUAGUGCAAAGUAUGAAAUUUUAAAAAAAUAUUUCGUAAGUGGCGAAGCUAGCCAUAGCAACAGGUCAUGCUAUACAAAUUUUCAAUGAUUGGCAUUAUUCAAACCUUUAGAAAUGUAUCGUCCUUAGCCUAUUAGGGGCCAUUCACAAAGGAUGUCCGAGCCGAGGGGGGGGGGGGUUUGGAAAAUCAGGACAAACUCGGACAUAGGGGGGAGGGGGGGGUUUUAGCAAUCCGGAUGCCGAAAUUUAAAAAAAUUCAAAAACAAAUUUCUUUUUCCCUCUAUUUUGAGCAGUCCUUCCCAUUGUGAAAUUGGCAUUUUGACUAUGCGGUUAACACUAGAUUUUGUUUUAAUUAGUAAUUUAUAUGUUUUUGUGUUCACAUUUACAGUUAUAAAAAAGUUCUAAAAGUAAAAGUUUUUUACUCUUGAUAUAUACAAGAUUGCGUGAGUUUUUGCGAGGCACGGCAGAUGUCCGGGGGGAAGGGGGGGUCACUAAUUCGGACAAUGCCGGACAAGGGGGGGAGGGUUUAUUAGCAUAUUAUGACCAGUUGCCAUGGUUAGCUUUGCCACUGCUUUUCAUUGUUAUAUAUUUGUAUCAAUCAGGGGUGGAUCUGGCCUGAUUUGUUAGAUGGAGUGGAUGUUUUCCAGAGGGGGUGCGUUGCGGUAGUUCCUCCCCUGAUUUUGUAUUCUUUCGAUUGUCACAUUAUUCCUUUUAAACUAUACUUUUGGCUUCUUUUUCAGUCUAUGCCUCGAAUGACACAUUAAAGAAUACUGUAAGUAUGUUGUAUUGUUAUUUGAAUAUGAUUGACAUUGAAACUUUAAACAUGGCCUAUACGCUCUGCUUCGAAUUUUCUGCCAGUAUAUACUGAAACGCAAUUUUAUAACCAAGUUACAAUUUCUUGUUAUAUUAUCUAGGAGAUGGAUCAUAGUUCUGAAACUCUCAGAAAAAUCGAAGAAAAAGUUGACAGAUUAUCAACAGUUUUACAAAUUCUCGCUAACCACUCAGGUAAAAUGUAGGACUCCUUUCAAUAAGGCGCUUUCGUCUGAUUAUCCUGAAAAUGUUAAUCAAAUAAUUUCCUUACUAGGUUUCUUGUCCUUCUUCAUUUCAAUGUAGAAAUAUCUUCCUUAUCGAACAGGACAUAGGAGGAUUGGAGGCAUCAGCAUGGUUUUGUGAAACUGAUUUUGAGUCUCUAGAUCUACCUCUUUUGUUAGGCUCUUUCAUUAAUUAUUUUAUUAUACGAUUUGUCAGUCUAUUAUAUCCGUGAGUCAGUGGAAUACUAUUAUUAACUGGCCGAUUUGCGCUUUUUUUAGAAAUUCGAUUAUUUUUUGCGAGGAGGAGGGGCCCCAGGAGGGGCCCCAAAGUCCGGCGCCCUUUAUAAAAUAUUGUGGGAGAGGCUGGCCGCUGUUUUCUAUGCCCGUGUUAUCGAAAAUGUUUUACCACUUAGUUGGAUGCUUAAUUAUGAAUGAUUUUUGUUUUAAUUAUUUUUAGAUCUAUCAUCAGAGAACAAGUCACUACUUUCAGAAAAGGUUUGCAAAUUAUCUACCAAGCACGUCAACUAUUCUCUUGUCCGACUUGAUGAGGCCUAGGUUAUUGGGUAGGGUGUGUGAGCCACAUAGGCUGUAUAAGGUUCGUUUGGUUGAGGGGGAGAGGCUAGACAAAUUCUAGGCGAUUCGAGAGCAUGUCCCUCCGAAAAUUUUUGAAAUGCAAAUGCACACAUGCAUUUGUUGUGGGUAAGGCAAUGUUCAACUGAUCAUAGUGCAAACACCCACCCACUUUUCAUCUUCGAAAAAUCUCAGCCACUUCCGUGAUAAGGAACUAUAAGGCUAGAUCCGCCCGUGUUGCAGCAGGCAAAUGUUCAUAACAGGUUACGCUUUAAUAUUAUCGAGGUUCGGAUUUGACUUCCACUACCGUUACCACCCACCUAACUGGCUUAGUACGCAUCUGCAUGAUUGGUCAUCAAACGCAUCUGAUUCGUUGAUGGUCCCUUAAUGGUAGCGGUAGUAAAAUUCAAAUGUGAACCUUACUAUUAAACGAGAUCAUGAAGACCGUGGAGAGACGGUUGAAAAAAAUAUUUUGAUUUGUAGGCUGUUCAAGAUAUUGUUCAGGCCGCACUACAGAGGUAUAAUGCAGAUAAAGUUGGCAUGGCAGAUUUUGCUUUGGAAUCUUCAGGUAUGUUUAUUGAACAGGCCCUUAUAUACUACCGGCUCUACUUAAUUUAUUAAUGUCAAGAAUACUGUCAAGAAUACUUGACAACCACCUGAAAAAUUGAAGCCGUUCUUUGACGUUCCGACCGAAGGCCCUUCAUCGAGAAGGGCCCAUGAAGAAGUUCCGGAUGAAAGGUCUUCGCUCGAAAUGUCGGAGUGACGAUAUUGCAUUUUUCAAGUAAUUGUCCUUGUAUUUUUCAAAGAAAGCCCUGUUUAAACGGAUCCAACAUUGUUGGGCCAACAUCAUCCAACAUUGUUGAAAUAAUGGCCCAAACGGAUUCUUUUUCAAAUAUUUUUGUCAAGACUAGGUUUAGAGUUUGAGUAAAGCUUAUCUAACCAAAAAUAUUUGAAAGAGAAGCAGUCAUAUCUAUUAUAGCAUGGAUAAUAAAAUAAAUGGAUUGGAAACUUCUGACGUCAUUGACUGCAUCCUUGUUGAAAAACGUGACGUCACGCGUAUUGCGAAUUAAUGUUAGCAAAGUUCUCGGCAUUUUUGUUGUUUUGCUAUAUUUUCCACUUUAAAAGGGUGAUCUUGAAGCGUAAACUGGUCUAAUUGUUUUAAAAACAUGCCUAAGCCACGACAAAGUAUUCAAGGUAAAUGUUUUUCGUCUUUGUUUUGUAUUUUUUUACAUUUGUAGCUACGAAAUUGGCGUCACAAAUUUUUGCGAAAUUUGCGAUGUAUUUUUCACUGUUUAGUGCUUGAAAUAUUUGCUAAAAUUGACUGGGAAUACUUAGAGUUUUCAUCGUAGAAUGGCGUGGUUACAUUUAUUUGCUCUUUGACUAAAAUGUUUAGCUGUAUUAUUGCUAAACGUGCCGUUUUUGAGAAUUUGGUUUUCAACUAGGUUGAGGCACCCAGCCACGCCAUCAAUCCCAGUAAAAACAUUAGGUCACGUCAGCUAGUUUCCUAUCCAUUUAUUUUAUUAUCCAUGAUUAUAGUAACAUUGUUGGAUGAUGUUGGUCCAACAAUGUUGGAUCUGUUUAAACAGGCCUUUAAUGGUCCGCAGCUUUCUUGUUAUCGUAGGCUAGCUACCUACACUGGCCCAAUGUGUGCCCAGUCGUAUAUAAGUAUUUUACCUUUUUGCCGUCCAGGUGCUCAGAUUCAUGAUUCGCACCACAGUGAAACGUAUGAUGUUGGUGCUGCCAGAGUGAUUGUUUUUGGUCUACCACUGUGGUUAGAUGUCAAACCUCCGAGAGUUAUCCUUCAAGUAAGUCGAAAUACAAUAUGCCCGGUGAGUGUGUGGAGUGUGAUAAUCAUUCUUAUACUCACCCUUGCCUGAAAGCUAACCUGGAUUACGAAAGACACAGCUCAACCUGAUCGAGUCGAAGGCUUUCUAAGAGUACCUCUGGCAGGCACCUUAUGAACAGCCACUUACCACGAAGCACAGCUAUGGUUGAAAGGUCACUUUGGGGCUUAUCCCUUACCCACGGGAGCAAACUGUGUAGAGCGUUGACUGACUCUUUCAUUAGUCAGCAGCGAGAAUCGAACCCAGGAUCUCAGAGGUGAAAGGCGCUUGGUUUGACAAUUGCGCACCAAAAAAGAACCGUAGCAAUAUGUAAGCUAAGCUGUUUGUAUAAAACUUGAUUUGUUUUCUAUUUCUGUCAGCCCGACAACAGUCCAGGCAACUGCUGGGCUUUCAAAGGACAACAUGGUUACGUCGUGAUAAAGGUGAGGUUUGUAAGUAAGUUAAGUACAAAUAGUGUGACAUUGAACUCGAACAGACGUGUCAGUGUUGGUAGUGCCAAUAAAAUGAAUAAGCUUUGAUUGGUAGGGAUGCAACUACCUGAAAAUAUAUAAAAAGAAUUUCGACGUUUCGAGCGAAGGCCCUUCGUACUCCUAACUCCAAACGAAGGGCCUUCGCUCGAAACGUCGAAAUUCUUAUAUAUACGGUAGAGCACGGGUACUCACCAGCACUCGCAAAUUUUGCAAGUAGGAAAUAAUCAUUGGAGUACCCAGUUAGGAAGUUUUUGAAUUAUAGCGCCCUCAAAUCACCUCAAUCUUUUAGCUAUCCAAGAUGCUUACCCCAACAGCGUUUAGUUUGGAACACAUCCCGAAAUUACUGUCGCCAACUGGGGAUGGACGGAUACCAAGUGCACCAAAAGAAUUUGCUGUUUGGGUGAGUUUAACGAGACUAGAUGACCAGUCAUAUCUCUUGCUAACAUACUAAGUUACCAUAUGCCCAGGACCAUAGCGACCAAGGGGAAGGGGGUGUUAACCCCCCCCCCCAAAAAAAAAAAAAUUGUUCGUAUUAGUAUAACGUAAUUUUAGGUAAAUUUCUAGAUGAUUAAAAGCUGAUUUUCAGUUAAAAUAUAAUGAGCAAAUCUAAGAAUGCCAAAUUUUAGUUGUAAUAUUAGUUAACUUUAAUAUUUGUUAUUUUACCCUAACGUCAGAUGAUUCCGCCUUUUUUUAGGCCUGGAAAGAUCCAAAUGGUAACGAAAAACUACAGUUAGGAAAUUAUAUUUUUGAUAGCGAUGGAGAUUCUUUACAAACAUUUAAAGCACAAGUAAGUACCAUAACAAGUGUGGAUUAUCUUUUCUCACAGAUUUCCAUCAUAAAUAACGUGCUGUUUUCCAAAACACAUUAUUUUUCUCCUUUUACAGCCUGUCAAAGAUAUAACCGCUGUCCAAUACAUUGAACUUCGUAUAUUGAAUAACCAUGGCAACCCAGAGUACACGUGUAUAUACAGAUUUCGUGUCCAUGGUAACCCACAACCGUGUCAUCAAUAACAACCAACACAACAACAAUGAUGAAAAGGGGCACUGAAUUGCAUCGAUGUUUAUACUGUAUUUAGAUGUCUUGCAGAAAUGAACUUGGCUUCUGCAAAAUUGACAUUCCACUGUAAAUGAAGGAUAUGAUUUGUAAAUUGUAAAUAAAUAACUAAACUAAACUACCUUUUUCAAAUGACGCCAUUUUCACUUCGCACACACCUUAGGCUCAAUUAUCAGC